GUGCUGGCACUGAGAACAAGCUGAGCUCACUGUCUGAUCUGGAACAACAGUAUCGUGCACUACGCAAGUACUAUGAGAACUGUGAGGUAGUAAUGGGCAACCUAGAAAUCACCAGCAUUGAACAUAAUCGAGAUCUUUCUUUUCUUCGGUCUAUCCGAGAAGUCACAGGCUACGUCCUGGUAGCUUUAAAUCAGUUUGAGUACCUUCCUCUGGAGAACCUGCGCAUUAUUCGUGGAACUAAACUCUAUGAGGAUCGUUCUGCCUUGGCCAUUUUUCUUAACUACAAAAAGGAUGGUAGCUUUGGACUCAGAAGACUUGGACUGAAGAAUUUGACUGAAAUCUUAAAUGGAGGAGUGUAUGUUGGUCAGAACAGGUUUCUUUGCUAUGCGGACACGAUCCAGUGGGAAGAUAUCGUCCGUAACCCUUUGGCUUCCAACUUCUCUGUUGUUCCAAAAAACAGCAGUGCAGAUUGUGGACCAUGUCACAAGUCUUGUGGAAACCGAUGUUGGGGACCAUCAGCAAAUGAAUGCCAGAGCUUAACAAAGGUGGUGUGCGCCGAACAGUGUGAUGGUCGAUGCUAUGGACGCUCAGUCAGUGAAUGCUGCCAUCGGGAAUGUGCAGGAGGCUGUUCAGGACCAAAGGACACCGAUUGCUUUGCAUGUAUGAAUUUUAAUGACAGCGGGGCUUGCGUCACACAGUGCCCUCAGACCUCAGUCUACAAUCCUGCCACCUUCCAGAUGGAAAACAACCGGGAUGGCAAAUAUACCUAUGGUGCUUUUUGUGUCAAAAAGUGUCCACAUAACUUUGUGGUUGAUAUCAGCUCUUGUGUACGUGCCUGUCCCAGCCCCAAAAUGGAAGUGGAAGAAAACGGCAUUAAGACAUGUAAACCAUGUACUGACAUUUGCCCUAAAGCAUGUGAUGGCAUAGGAACAGGAAGUCUGAUGUAUGCUCAAACUGUAGACUCCAGUAACAUUGACAAAUUUGUCAACUGCACCAAGAUCAAUGGGAACCUGAUCUUCCUUGUCACUGGGAUUCAUGGGGACCCCUAUCACACUAUUGAAGCAAUUGACCCACAGAAUUUAAAUGUCUUCCAAACAGUGCGAGAGAUAACAGGGUUCCUGAAUAUACAGUCAUGGCCUGAAAACAUGACAGAUUUCAGUGUGUUUUCUAACCUGGUGACUAUAGGUGGAAGAGCAUUAUACAGUGGCCUGUCUCUGCUUAUUCUCAAGCAGCAUGGAAUUAGAUCCCUACAGUUUCAGUCCCUGAAACAUAUCAGCGCUGGCAAUGUCUACAUCACCGACAAUAGUAACUUGUGCUACUAUCACACCAUCAACUGGACCAGCCUCUUCAGCACUACCAACCAAAAGACUGUGAUCCACAGAAAUAAGAAAGCAGAAAAUUGCACUGCGGAAGGGAUGGUAUGCAGCCCUUUAUGCUCAAAGAAUGGAUGUUGGGGACCGGGGCCAGAUCAGUGUUUGUCCUGUAGGCACUUCAUCAGGGGAAGGACCUGUGUAAAGGCUUGUAAUCUCUAUGACGGAGAAUACAGGGAGUUUGCAAAUGGUUCAGUCUGUGUGGAAUGUGACCCUCAAUGUGAGAAGAUGGAUAACAACAAGAUCACAUGUAGGGGACCGGGACCAGACCAUUGCACCAAAUGCUUCCAUUUUAAAGAUGGCCCAAAUUGUGUAGAAAAAUGUCCCGAUGGUGUACAAGGGACAAACAGCUUCAUCUUCAAAUAUGCUAAUGAAGACCGUGAAUGUCACUCUUGCCAUCCAAACUGUACUCAAGGGUGUAGAGGUCCCACUAGUCAUGACUGCAUUUACUAUCCGUGGACACGCCAGUCCACUUUACUACAACAUGCUAGAACUCCCUUGAUCGCUGCUGGAGUGAUUGGCGGACUCUUCAUCAUCGUCAUUUUGGGCUUGACUUUUGCAGUCUACGUGAGACGCAAGAGCAUCAAAAAGAAGAGGGCCUUACGACGGUUCUUGGAGACUGAGUUGGUUGAACCCUUGACACCUAGUGGCACAGCACCCAACCAGGCACAGCUCCGCAUUCUGAAGGAAACUGAGUUAAAACGUGUCAAGGUCCUUGGAUCUGGAGCCUUUGGAACUGUGUAUAAGGGUGUUUGGGUUCCAGAGGGAGAGAGCGUGAAGAUUCCUGUGGCCAUUAAAAUCCUGAAUGAGACAACUGGCCCGAAAGCCAAUGUGGAAUUCAUGGAUGAAGCUCUUAUAAUGGCAAGCAUGGAUCAUCCCCAUCUUGUACGACUGUUAGGUGUCUGCCUGAGCCCAACAAUCCAGCUAGUUACUCAGCUGAUGCCCCAUGGCUGCCUCCUGGACUAUGUCCAUGAACAUAAGGAUAACAUUGGGUCCCAGCUUCUGCUUAAUUGGUGUGUCCAGAUAGCCAAGGGUAUGAUGUACCUAGAAGAAAGACGACUGGUUCACCGAGACUUGGCAGCUCGAAAUGUUCUGGUGAAGUCACCGAAUCAUGUGAAGAUCACAGACUUUGGCCUGGCCAGACUAUUGGAAGGGGAUGAAAAAGAAUACAGUGCUGAUGGUGGGAAGAUGCCAAUUAAGUGGAUGGCUCUUGAGUGCAUACACUACAGGAAAUUCACACAUCAGACUGAUGUUUGGAGCUAUGGCGUCACCAUUUGGGAACUCAUGACCUUUGGUGGAAAGCCCUAUGAUGGAAUUCCAACAAGAGAAAUCCCUGACUUGCUUGAGAAAGGGGAGCGCUUGCCACAGCCUCCCAUUUGUACCAUUGAUGUUUACAUGGUGAUGGUGAAAUGUUGGAUGAUCGAUGCUGACAGUCGACCCAAGUUCAAAGAGCUAGCUGCUGAAUUUUCAAGAAUGGCUCGAGAUCCUCAGAGAUACCUGGUCAUUCAGGGUGAUGAUCGUAUGAAGCUCCCAAGCCCGAAUGACAGCAAGUUUUUCCAAAAUCUACUGGAUGAGGGAGACCUGGAAGACAUGAUGGAUGCUGAGGAAUACCUGGUUCCUCAGGCAUUUAACAUUCCACCGCCCAUCUACACUUCCAGAGCAAGAAUGGACUCCAACAGGGACAACAAGGAGUGGAUGAAGCCAGCACAUGACUCAACCCAGAAAUUACUUCUUCACUAAUUUUGUUAUCAAA